GAAGGUCUGGCUGCAAGGGCAGCUGUGUUUGUUGUUGGAGUUGGGACUAAUUAGUCAAACUGAUGCAAACCUAUGUGGAUUGAAGGAGGAAUGUUUAGCCUAGUUUUUCAACUCACGGUCAUACUUACCUCCUUGUAGCAAUUACUUUUUAAACAACUCUUAAUAAUACACAGAUGAUAUACAUAAAGUGCAGAAAACAGCAUGAGUGCAAAGAUGCAUACAGUACAUUAAUCGACAGUACAGAAACAUGGCUGACAAUUGUUGGUGUAAAUGUCUGAUUCCUGCAAAUACCACAUACAGUUACAGCAGUGACCAAAAGGGAGAACUCAAACCUCUCAAGCACAGCUUCACUUAUGUGAACUGGGGAUAAACAAACAGCACCCAUAAUGUUUAGUUGUGUCCUGUUUCUGUAGAUUUCCUUUUCAACAGUGGUAACAAAGUUUACAAGAAAAUUCUUACCUUGACAAAAAUAGGCCACAAUGGUGUUCUGAGUGGAGACUUUUUGAUACCCCAUGCCACCCAUGAAUCAUUCUCCUCUUCAACAGAAAAUACUGAUACAAACAUUUGAAACAGUAGCCAUUGCUAAAUACUUUUAAAAUCCCUUUGAAGUGCUUGGAUUUGAGAGAAAUUGUUGCCAUGCCUUAAGUAAUAAAACCAAAACAUUGAUGAGAUGCUGCUUAACACUACCUGGUAUCUACAAAUGCUUUUGUGAGCAAAUCUUGUCCUGCCUAGUAACAGUUGCUAGGUAUGAGGUUGGUUUAAGGCUGUAAGAGGUCAGUUAAUAAAUCCUCUCCCAUCAUCAGUCCACAUUAUGUUAUUGAGCUCCUCACCACUUGUGCUUAACCUGCAGGCAAAUGUUUUAGACAUCAUCCUAAUGGUGAAUGAUUUUAUCUUUUAACUGGACUGCAUGUUUUCUGUAACAGUAAGCAUUUUGUCUGCAAGGAUUAGGGCAGUUUGGACAUUUUAGUAACUACCUGGAAUAUUUUAUACAACCAUGAUUAGGAAUCCAGAUUUGAGCUCCUUUGUUUGUUGUGCUGUAUGCUCAAAAAUAAUACCACCACCACCUACGCCUGCUACUUUUGAACGAAUUCGGGAAUAUAAACCUUACAAAACACGGUAUUACACGCAUCGGGAUAUAUUAGAGCUCGGGGCAGAUCUUCAUCAAGAACAAUGUGAAAAAAAGGAAUUAGAAGUAAAAGAACGGAUUGAAAAAAUUAAAGCCGAACUAUGGUUUCAGGCUAAAGUGGAAAAAGAAGAUGCAGUGGAACAAGCCCUUGAUCAGGCAAGAGCCGAACACAACAGUUUUUUAGAAGACCUAAAAAAAAAGCAUGAAAAAGAACUACAGGAAGCAGUGAUAAAAACGCAGAGAGAGAUGCAGCGGUACCUGGAAGAUGAGCUGAAGAGAGAAUCUGAAGCUGCAGAGCAGCGCAUGGCUCACAAACUUCAGCGCAUCCUGAUGGAGUGUGCUUUGGAAAAGAUGCACGCUGUAGCUGACGCCAGAAGACAGGAGAGGCAGACAGCAUCCCAAGCAAUGGCCAAGCAGCAAAAAAAGUACACAGAGCAACUCCAGGAAGCUGGGAUAUUGGCUAACGAAAUACAUCAGAAGAACCUGGAUCAAUUGAAAAAAGAAAAACGUUAUGAAAUGAGUGUUGCCUUGGACAUCACUCAAAAAGAGAAUCAAGAGGAGGCUGAAAAACAGCUCAAAGAAGCAGAGGUAGCACAUCAGGCCAUAUAUGGAGAAGUGACGACCAGCUUGAGAGAGACAGAAGCUCAAGUACAGAUUCUUACCCAACAGCUGGGAAGCAUGACAGUUUGGAAAGACAACCUGGAAGCUGAAAUAGAAGAAAUAAGACAAUCUUUUCAAAACUACAUUGAUAUUACGUUUCCUAAGCUGACCCCAGGACAAGCAGAUUUUAUCCUGCCAUUCAGAAAGCGACUUGAACACAGGGAUACAAAAAAGGAAGCAACAGAUAAUGACAAGGAAUGAAAAGACGGGAUCGGUGUGAGAUUUACUGCAA